CUAUCCUAGAAAGUCUUGUUUUUCAACAACAUUAUUUAUUUGAUCGAAUUUAGUGUAUAAAUUUCUUCUGGAGUAAUUUAUAAGCUAGGAAUCUUUAAAUAUGGCUCCAACAAAUAAUGUAGAAGUGAAGAAAGAAGAGGACCUCUCCGCGCCGCCGGUAAAAAAGUUUAAACUGGAAGAUGUUCCCGACGAAGACGACAGCACUGGCGGUCAGGCAUUGCAGCGAAGGCAAACCGUAACGGACCGUUCCAAACAGUGCCCCUAUCUGGAUACAAUCAACCGGCACUUGCUGGAUUUCGACUUCGAAAAGCUAUGCUCGGUAUCGCUCACCCGAAUUAACGUCUAUGCGUGUUUGGUGUGCGGCAAGUACUUCCAGGGGCGCGGUACUAAUACCCACGCGUAUACCCAUUCGGUGGCCGAUUCGCACCAUGUGUUCCUCAACCUGUCGACGUUGAAAUUCUACUGCCUGCCGGAUAAUUAUGAGAUCAUCGAUUCGUCGCUGGACGAUAUCAAGUACGUGCUGGAUCCGGUGUUCACCGUGCGCGACAUACGGACGCUGGACAACGAAGAUCGAAAGCAGUCGCGUACGGUCGACGGGACGUUCUAUAAUCCGGGUGUGGUGGGAUUGAACAACAUCAAGGCAAACGAUUACUGUAACGUGAUUCUGCAGGCCCUUUCGCACGUGAAACCGAUCCGUGAUUUCUUCCUGAUGGAGAAAAACUAUGCCAACAUUAAGCGACCGCCCGGCGAUACGGCGUUUACGCUCGUGCAACGUUUCGGCGAGCUGCUGCGCAAGCUGUGGAACCCGCGGAACUUUAAGGCGCACGUCUCGCCGCACGAGAUGCUGCAGGCCGUGGUGCUGUGGAGCAACAAGCAGUUCCAGAUCACCAAGCAAGGUGAUCCGAUCGAGUUUUUGUCCUGGUUCCUGCACAGCCUGCACAAACAGUUGCGCGGCAACAAGCAACCUAACUCGUCCGUUAUUAACCGGAGCUUUCUGGGGGAAAUGAAAAUUUACACCCGAAAGCUUCCACCGACGGAGUUGGACGAUGUGCAGAAACAGCUCCUACUGGCCACGGAUGAGUACCAGGAGAAGCAGGAAACGUCCACGUUUCUCUAUUUAACGUGCGAUCUUCCGGCGACCCCACUGUUCAUCGACGAGUUGAGGGAAAACAUUAUCCCGCAGGUAAACCUGUACCAGUUGCUGGCCAAGUUUAACUCCAUCUCGGAGAAGGAGUACAAAACGUACAAGGAUAACUUUUUGAAGCGAUUCGAAAUCACGCGCCUGCCCAAGUACGUCAUCCUGUACAUCAAGCGGUUCACGAAGAAUACUUUCUUCUUGGAAAAGAAUCCAACCAUCGUCAACUUUCCUGUGAAGAACGUUGAUUUCGGCGAUAUUUUAACGGAGGAAAACAAGAAAAAUCAUCGGUACACAAAGUACAACCUGGUGGCCAACAUCGUGCACGACGGUGAACCGAAUUCCGGCACCUACCGGUGUCACAUACUGCAGACAAAUACCAACCAGUGGUACGAAAUGCAGGACCUGCAUGUAACCAGCAUUCUACCGCAGAUGAUCACGCUGACGGAGGCGUACAUUCAAAUUUAUGAACUGCAGGAAAACGACGAAACAUAAGCGGAUCGGAGAAGCUUCCAUUUGGGUUCCAAUUUUUGUUUCUCUUUUAUUAUUUUUAAAUAGAAAAUCCUCCUCUC